UCCACUAUAGCUGAUUUGUUUCCAUUUGGGGUUCUUUUCGGUCCUUUUAUGUUCAAUUUGGAUAGAUCGACGCACCGUAAAGAAACACUGAUAACUUAUUUUGACUGACCAUUCCACUUGAUCCAGAAGUUAGAUGCAUGUAUAUCUAUUAUCUAGGACCAACAUGCAUAGACAUAUGUGAAUAAAUCACAAACGUUGUACGACUGCAUCUCGAUUUCCGGUGCCGUGAACAUUCGACAGUCCUCGGUUGACUACCUUAUGUCCAGUGCACGAGACAUCCAAGUAAUACUAUUCCGAGUGCGGCGCCCACAUGUGGAAAAUAUCCCGCGUUUUCUGUCAUUAAAUGUUUACUAGUAGAAUCCAUGCAUUUUAGAGCGACUUUUUGAGGGUUUUAAUUGAAGUAUUGAGUCAUGCAAGUUCCAGACAACGUGAAAAGAAAUGUUAGGGCCGUUCUACUGUCCAAAGUUGGCGGCGUUCUGGUUAGCGAUCUAGUCAAAGAUUACAAAAGUCUCCUGAAAGAACCUCUUAGGUUCAAAGACCAUGGUUUCUCCACCAUUAAAGAGUUUGUUGAUGCAAUGCCUGAUGUUUGCAGAUUGGAAUAUGAUGAUGGAAUCAUGGCACAUAAACUAUAUGGUGUUGGUGAUAAAUCAACAUACAUGUCUCUUAGUCAGAAAAGAGCCGAGAAAUCUAAACAAAACAACACAUCAAAUGGCAGGAAGGCCCCAAGCUCAGCCAGAAAUGACACCAACCCUGAGCUUCUACCAAAUACUAAAGGGCUGUUCACUCUGUGUUACCCUAGAAACAAGGAGCCCAAGUCAUUCGAUGAACAAGAUUUGCAAGAAAAGUUUGGGGAGUUUGGAAACUUAGCAGAAAUUCACAAAAUUCCAGGACUUUUCUUUCUCCGUUUUUCGAACAUUGACUCAGCCCAAGCUGCUCUUGAUAAAUAUGAAAUGGAAUUGGAGCUUCGACCUGCAGCUGAAAAAACAAGAAAUCGUAGCUACCAGAACGUAGAUAAAGUGGAGGAAAAGUCAACAGUAGAAGCAGUAGUCCAUAAAAUGGGUAAUGGCUUACCAAACUCCUCUUCUGAAGUUUUUGAAGUUUUUAUUGGAAACAUUGCAUUUGGAUGUGAUCAGGAUCUGUUUAAGGAAGAAAUUUGCUCACAAGGUGCCCAUGAUGUUCGAAUAAAGACAGCCAAAGGAAAUAACAAAAAGAUAUUUGCCUUUGCUAAGUUCUAUGACCAUGAACAAUCUAAAGCUGAUGCCUUUAUUGCAAAAUAUGAUGGAUAUAUGUAUGAGGGCAGAAAACUGAACGUGAGACUUUCUAAACCAGAACCACCCCAAAGAGACGGCAAACAAGAUGGAUCAAGAUUUGAAGAAAAUUCUACAAUUGUGUCAAAUGAGCCUGAGGAAUCCUUUGAUCCACCUACUAACGGAGACACAAUGAGUGAACAAACCACAGGGCAUCACAGUCCCCCAGUACGAGCCAUGGAAGAGCUCCACGUUGAUACAAACUUUCACAGCAACUCCAAUUAUAGGAGCGGGAAUGAGAUCAGUAGCCCGGUCGGCUCUGUUCACAGCCAGAGAAGUCAGGGGGGAAAGAGACAGAAACACAGCCCAAGGCACAGCCCUGCAGCCUCAGUGACCAGCUCACUUAGUCAGAGAGGAGGAGGCGGUCAACAGAAUACUCAGACCUCUGUGUUACGAGGAACUAAUCCACAACAACUGCCAAAUACGAAGCGGAAUCCCGGGGGUUAUCCAUAUCUGGAGGAAGGUCUGGAUGACAUGCCCAGUCUGGAACCUGUGGGGACAGGGAUGUUCCCCCCACCCCUACAGCAGGCAGAACAGCAGCCGCAACUCUUUGUCUCCAACUUCCCAUAUGGGGAAUUUGAUGAAGAGUUGAUUGAUUUCUUUUCACAAUAUGGAGCCUAUGACAUUCAGAUGAUGAACAGAAAUGAUCCCAAAGUAAGCACCCGUGCCAUGAUUUAUGUUGCCAAUUUCGAGGAAGCAGAAAGGGCAGUGCUCGAGUGUAAUCAAAUGAUCUACAAAGGGAGACGACUCCUUGUGAACAUCAACAAAUUCCUCGGCAACACGACCGUCAACUUCCUGUCGUCUUAUCAUCCUAUGGACAACAUCAAGUGCACUGUUUCAUCCAGAGGUUUAGCCAAAGAAAUUGCUGGAAGAACUACCAUGGUUGAAAAGUCCCAGGAGACCGGACCAGGUAUAACCAGUCCAGGUAGGACUGGCCCAGGUGGUGAUGGGCGUAAAAACUUGGAGCAUCACUCCAGUAAUUCUUCCAUCGCCUCGUCACAAGGUGAACCUCCAAUCAAAACCUGGCAUUCCCUGGUCCAGACCUACAAAAUCAUAAUGAACACGCUUCACAUCAAACCCCACAUGAAGCGGCCCCAGACCAAAGAAAUCGUCAUCUAUGUCACCUCGGUGUUUGACCAGAAGUGCUUCUGGGGGCAGAUUGUUGAAGAUGAGAGCAGUUUGAAUGCCUUGUCAGAUGUUAUGGCAGGUCUGCAGAGUUCAGAGAAUAGAAUUGGACCGACCAAGGGUCUGGGUCGAUGUGCCGCUCUGUACAAGAAGGAGUGGUAUAGAGGUUGGAUUGUGGGAGAGAAGUCGGAUCACCGGUCAGUGAAUGUCUUCUUUGUGGAUUACGGGAACACAGCGACCAUGGACAGGAGACAGACCAGUCUGACCACGCCCUAUAUCUGGGAGACCAAGCCCAUCCUACAGCCAUUCGCCGUGUCAGGAGACUCAAAAGUUGAAAUCCAGGAAAACACACUCGUGACUGCUGCAGUCUGCAAGUAUAGUGCAGACGAAAGUGGCUAUGUGACAGAAGUGAUUAUUCAAGACAUCUUGCAGUAAAUGAUACAAGAAAAUCCUCCAUUUCACUUCUCGAAACUUAGUUUGACAAAACAUCUAGGGCAUACCAAUGUGAGAAAAUCCUCAUAACUAAUGAUUCUAUGUACAAAAGUAAACAAAAAAUGGAAUAUUUUAUGCAUUGUUUUACAAGUAUUUGUUGAUGAUUAUCCAGAUUCUUAACUUUUUGGUCAAGUUUUAAAUGAACUGUUACAAGUAUUAGUUAGAUUGACCCUUGGUGGCAAAGUUUGGUAUUUUAAGUGAAGUUUCAUGAGAUACAACUUACAGAUACAUAUGCUGUCACAAAUGUUUUAACCUUGAGAUGGAGUUAAAAAUCUUAAUCAUUAAGAAUCCUUGGAAUCUGAAUGUAAAGUCAUAUUAGUUGUUUUGGUAGUCUGAUAUCUUGUGUACGUAUUCCAUAGUUAACAAAUCUAAACAGAACAGUGUUUCAUGCAGGCCAUACAGGUACACAUCAAGCAUCUGAACAAAAAUUAUCACACCUGUAAUGAUAUAUUAAGUAUUCGGUAUUUAUAUAAGUAUAGCAUCUGAACAAAAAUUAUCACACCUGUAAUUAUAUAUUAAGUAUUCUGUAUUUAUAUAAGUAUGUGGAAAAAAAAUGUUUAAAGCAUUAUAUAAUUUUAAAAAAAACCUAAUGCAAUGUUUAAUUCAGGCUGUAAGCUUUAAAUGCUAACCCUUAUUAUAUUAUGAAUAUAAAGAAGAUUAUUCAAACAUCUGUUGUGACAUCAAAAUUGAGAGAUGUUUAAAACUUUCACUCUUGCUUGUUUGAUUUAUGAAAGCAACAUUUAAAUAAAAGAUAGACCAUUUUAAAGGAAAAUUAGUUCCAAAUACGUGUAGCUGACAAAGAGCUGACAUGGUAAAUAAAAGAAAUAGUGAAGUGUAAAUUGGAUGAAAAAAACCUUCGAGGCUCUAAGUUUUUGAAAAUGAUUUCUCUGCUUCCAGAUAGAAGAAAGAUGUAAUUUUAUAUGUAUUAUUGGAUUGUCUUUAGAUUUAUUCUGGGCUCUGUUGUAUAAACAUGAAACAAAUUUAUAGAUUUAAAUCAAGUUUAAUAUGUUCGAAAUUUAGAUUAAUAAAAUGGUCAAGGUCACCUUUGUCCCAGGAAGGACAGAGCUACAGAUAGUAGCUUGGUGAUUCUUUUUUAUCUUGCUGAUGCAGUAUCUCUGUUUUAUGUACUGCAAAAUCUGAGCAUAAUUAGAUUUACCCGCACCAGAUCUUUAUAGCAUUUUCUUGAGGUGGUUAAUUUCGAAAUGAAAAAAAAAUGAAGUCUAUAUUUUAAACAAUUUUUUCUUGAUUUGCAUUCUCUGGUUGUAAACAAGUGUUGAUCAACUUGCUCCAUCAUAGCAAUUUAUCAAUUUGUAUACACAAUUAUCUCUGUAGAGAGGAAUGUUUACUAUCUAGACUAUUUAGUAUAACCGAUUAUAGUUCUAUUCAUGAUUUAUUUCUUUUUUGUGUUCUGUUAUAUGCAAAGUGUUUGAGAACCUGAACAUAACCUAUAAAAUACAUGUAUAAGUAUUCUUUAUGAAUGGAGCAUCAAUCUUUUUCAAUAUAUAGAAAUAUAAAUACAUGUUUUGUAUAUCUGAUGGUUUGUCAGAAAUUUAAAGAAUUGGUUGGUACUUGUAUUAAAUGCCCUAUAAUUGCAUUUGAAGUUGCCCUCUAUAUGGCAGUAAUAUACUCUUGUAUCUUUGUUACAGAGCUUAUAACACUUCAGUCAUUGUGUGUUUAUUUCUUUUGGUACUUGUAGUGCAGCAUUAACCAAGUUUUUUGUGGUUUCUACAUUUCUUCUUGUACAAAAAAUCAAUCUUAAAAUGUCUUUUUGUGUCUGGAGUUUACCAAUUUGCUUGUUGGUAUGUUUUCUUCCCCAUAAAAUAUAAAUUUUAAAGGAAUGUUAACAUUAAAUGUUUGAAAAGAAAAAAAACAACAUGUUCAACAGUUAUGGUGCAUCAAUUUCUGGAAUUUUUCUAUUGUUUGCCACAUACUGUUGACACCAGUUAGUUCUGAUGUUUGUAUUUGAAGAACUGGAAAAAAAAUCUUAUAACAAAAAAAACCCGUUCAGUUAUUGGAUGUGUUUUAGACAUCUCAGCUUCUUAAAAAUACAGAGUUAAAAUGUUCAAUUGAAAUGUUUGUGAACAAUGGAGUGUCAUAAGGGGAAUUUUAUAAUACAGAUAGAAAAUCUUUUGAGGUUGUGACAAGUUGGCAAAAUAAUGUUUUAAAGCAACACUCAUACAGAAAAAAAAUGUAUAUGUUUUAUACCUUUUUAAAUGUUAAGAAUUAUGUUUUAUAAAAAGUAUACUGGUACUCUUACAAUUAUAAUCUAUAGUUAAUUAAGAUGGUAUAGUAGCAUCCUUCUAUUAUCCUGGAUUGUACUUUAUUCUACAGUGAAGCUUGGUCUCUAUAUUGUUAUUUAGAUCAAGAACCUGUCCCUGGUUUGUCUGUUGUUUUCUUAGUCUGUCAUGGCAAGUUUCCUCUGAAUUAUAGAGUAUCUUCUAAAAAAUCAACUUGCAUUUUGGUCAUUUUUAUAAUGUUAUGUAUUUUUUUACUUAAAGCUUUUGAAAUAAAGUUAUGUGGGAUUUUA